AUGAAAAUUUUGGCACUCUUAUACGCGGUAUAUCUGCUAGGCCUUGGCUGUUGUGAAGAUGAUGACAAGGUUUUAGAAUCUGUAAUAAUCCCUGUGGAUACAGUACCAGAAACACCUUUGGAUAUAGGAAAUAUAGAUCCCUCUCUCUAUCUUUCCAAUGGAUUCAACGACGAAGGGAUUGAUUGUGUUCUUAUAGUUCCUAGAGAGGGUGUAUUGGUGAAUAAAGUCGUUUGCGGAGAGACCAUUAUUUGGAGCUGCGGAGAGGGAGAAAACUUUGAAUAUGCCAAGCUAUACCUCAAGGACGGAGAACCUAUGGUUAUUCUUAUAGCAAAGGUCAGAGGGAAUUUAGCAUUAGGCAGAUCGUAUGUAAGGAAUGGAGAUAUUUGGGAAUGCCGUACUGAUACAUCUCAGGAGAAAAUCCAUGACCUAAGGGUUCCCAUGGAACGUACUAGAUCCUUUAUUAUAAAUCUUGAAGAGGAUAAAGACACAACGGAAUGCAGAAUAUUUGAUACAAAGCUCAUUGGAGCUCCAGCAAGGUUGUACUAUGCGAAACCGGGAUAUAAAGCUACGGAACUACUGCACGCUGGAGUAUCCAUAUGGAAGGCAGAAAAGGGUGAAAUAUGCACAUCUUGUAAUUUAUACUACUGUGAUGGCACACCAAUAGUUUUAGUUAUAGUAUUAAAGGGCGAAAUAGACAAUGGUUACAUCUACCUAAAAUGGGAGUCUGGAAAAUGGAGAGAAUCUGAUCGCGAAGAAUUCGAUGUUGAAAGGGAUAAACUUAGAGAUUUAGAGCCAAUUACUACCGAGGAGGCCAUAGAAGAACUCCUUCCAUACAGAUCAUUGUUUAGUGUGUGCUUGGGAACGUUGACUUUAAGUAUGAAUACAGUCUAUGAAUACACAUCUUCCAUUUUUUCAAGACUUUAUAAUAUGAGAAACCUGAGGCAUUCUAAUAAUACAACCGGGUCGAGUGAUACAGAUGGACAAGAUCUUGAGACCAUUGUUGUAUAUAGUGACAAUGUGGAAACCCAGAACGGUAAUAAAAUCUACAAUGUUUAA